AAAGGGGUCUGAAUGUAUGGCAGACCCUCACGCAGUAACUAAAGAAAGGGAUCCUGAAUGUAUGGCAGACCCUAAUGCAGUAACUAAAGAAAGGGAUCCUGAAUGUAUGGCAGACCCUAAUGCAGUAACUAAAGAAAGGGGUCCUGAAUGUAUGGCAGACCCUAACGCAGUAACUAAAGAAAGGGAUCCUGAAUGUAUGGCAGACCCUAAUGCAGUAACUAAAGAAAGGGGCCCUGAAUGUAUGGCAGACCCUCAUGCAGUAACUAAAGAAAGGGGUCUUGAAUGUAUGGCAGACCCUAAUGCAGUAACUAAAGAAAGGGAUCCUGAAUGUAUGGCAGACCCUAAUGCAGUAACUAAAGAAAGGGGCCCUGAAUGUAUGGCAGACCCUAACGCAGUAACUAAAGAAAGGGAUCCUGAAUGUUUGGCAGACCCUAAUGCAGUAACUAAAGAAAGGGAUCCUGAAUGUAUGGCAGACCGUAAUGCAGUAAUUCACAAAACAAAAGACAAAUGUUCGGGAGACAGCAAUGUUUCUCAUGCAAAUGAAAAACAGAAUUGUAGAAAUGUUGGUUUGCAUUCAGAUCUGUCUAUGAAAGAUUUAUCCAACAUGUGUUUAGUUAACGUUAACUAUUCGCUAGAGGAAGAAGAUGAUGGAGUAGAUGUUGAGGACAACAGUAAUGAUGGUGGUGAUGGGACGGCCGGAGAAGAUGUUAAUGAAAAAUAUCAGGGGUCUGUGAUUAACAGAAAUGCUGAGAGAACAUUACGUCAUACUAGACAAGAACAAUAUAAAGAGAGGAAAACAAUGAGACCGAAACUACUGGUUUACCUGAUUCUAGAUGAGUCUAUACUAACCUUCUUAUAUAAUAAUCAAGAUGACAGUAUAUUGACACAAUUAACUUUGGAUAACAUUGGGAAGACUGACCUAACUCACGAUGUACAAGAUGGAGAUCCUAAUUUCAAUUGGUCCGAUGAUCAGUGUGAUAAUCUGGACAAGCAGAUUAUCAAUCGACUUCAGAAUGCUGUUUUAUACCACUACAAUCCAGUGACAUCUAUGUGGUAUAUCCAAGACACGAUAGUUUAUAUAAGUAAAGAGCUCUCUGUUGGCAAAAAAGGUGGCUUCCGAGAUGUUUAUGAAAUGAACUUUCUGCAUCAAGAUGAACCACUUGGAAGAUACAUUUGCAAACGUUACCGAAAAGAGAAAGAUCCACUUGAUUAUAUUGAUGAUGUUAAAUGCCAGAUGGAAGCAGGCCUUUAUGUGACAUACUUCAAUCAAGCUCUCAAAUCUUACCAAUCUGAUAUUCGCAUUCAUUACCUCCCUGCUGCUUACAUGCAUCUAUUGGAUGCCAAUGGAGAUGUAGAGUUCUGGGUAAACAUUGAACCAUUUGUAGAGGGUGAAUUUCUGAAAUUGACCAAUAACUAUGAUUACUGUAAUCCUAGAGGACGUGACAUGUCAACAGCUUUUACUCACUUCACAUAUUUUAAGUCUGCUGGCAAAUUAAUGGUUGUUGAUCUACAAGGCUGGUUACCAUGGGGUGUACAGAAUAUAAUUUAUCUCACAGAUCCCCAGUUUCACACUGUUACAGGGGAUAGCAGCACAUUUGAUUUUGGAAUUGAUGGUUUCAAAGUUUUCUUUAAUAAGGUUCACCCAAAAUGCAAUCAUAUUUGUGAAACACUUAAAUUGGAGAGACCUGACUUUUGAUUUUUUUUUUCUCCCUACAUGACUUGUAUAUUUAAUGACUCAUAUUUCUAUCAAAUCAUCGUUUUCAAAAAUGGAUUGACAGAAUUGUUAGCAUGUUGGAGAAAACAGCUCACAAUAUCUAGUUAUAGUCUUUUAUGUUCUGAGUUCAAAUCUUACCAAGGUUAACUUUGCCUUUCAUCAUUCUGGGAUGAUUAAAAUAAAGUACCAUUCUACUAUAGGGAUCAGUUGAAAAAGGCCUUGUACCUAA